AUGAAGAAUCUGAAGGCCAUCAAGGCCAAGAAUGCGGCGCGCGUUUUCAGAGCCCAAGCGGAAGAGCGCCUCCGUCGGCAAGCUGCUGCGGCGGAGGCAAGUUCCAGUAGCAGCUCCGCCGGCAGCUGCAAUAAUCCUGUUCUGUUGGGGGCAAAGGUCCCCGAGGAUUCCGCGUCUUUGCAGCAUCGCGAUAUGGCUGCCAAGCAUGAAGAUGAUGCGAUGUCAUCCCUCAGCUCGAAUUCAUGGCUGGAGGAUCCGGCCGUGCAAGAUGCAGGGCCUCCACCAGACGGAGGAUUGUUCUGGUCAGUCGUGAAGCAAGCUCUAAAAGAGCUCUGCUGCUGCUCCUGA